GAUAGUAGAAGAGAGCAACAACAAGAUCGCAGCAUGCCUAGAACGCGACGUCGUACUGAAGAUGAGAGCUUUGAACAAGAUAGAAGACGUCCAGCUACACCAGUUUUAUCAGUCAAUCCAGAUGCACAACCUGCCGUUCCACAACCAAGAACUCCAUCGCGUUUGAGAAGUAGAGUCUCACUUACAUCUAGAGCUAUUGAAAAUAUCAUGACUUCGUCAACCGGUCGUAAUAGAAGAUUACAACGUACCGGUACUGAAGACUACGAUCUAGAUGACAGUGAGAUUUAUGGUGCUGCCACCGCAACUAAUCCAGCUGCUAUUGCUGCCGCUCGACGUACGCCACCAAGAACCGCACCACCACCACCACCACUUCCUGACACGAUGACCAGGUUCUAUCCACGCUAUUGAAAAUGUUAAUAUUUUGUAUUCACGUAAUGUUCGCUGGCAUGAAGAAGAUGAUUUGGUCUUUGAGGAUGCGGAUUAGGUUUAGGAGUUCAAUGAUCUCCUCUCCUUUUAUAGUAUUAAUUUUUACUUAUAUUCACAAGUUUCAUAUAAACAUAAACAUUUAACAUCACAUAUAUCAGAAGUAAAAAAAUAUUUUCCAUAACAAAUGCACGAUUUUAUAUAUGCUAAGCGUAUUUUAAAUUUUUAUUCUAUUUUA